GGAGUUGAGUUUCUCUGCUUGAUAUCUCCGUCGUGCGCGCUGGACGCAAGGCGAAACUCUGUCUCAGGGCACAGCUCGCACUCGCGAGUUAGCUUGCAAAGCCAUCUAGAAGUUGUACGGCUCACGCGUAAGCAUGAGACUUACAUUGUUCGUCGCCGUAACAGCCGCAUUUUGCAUCGGAUCGGCCCGUUUCCUCGAACAAGAUGAAAAUGAUGAACCAAAGGAACAGAUGUGUUCGGAGCCAGAGAGCAUGUACAUACACUACAGAGUACACCAAGAAAACGAGUACCGAGAAAAGUUUCCUGUAGGCACCCGGCUCACGUACCGCUGUGGUUCGGGAUACGUUCCCAGGGAUAUCAAAACCUGGCAUGCGACCUGUCGAACGAGAAACGACGGGUCAGUGGACUGGGAUAUCGGCGAACACGACUGUAGACCGGUGUCGUGUGGUCACCCUGGCGACGUCCGCUGGGGCCGGCUUCUGGAUGCAGUGUUCGUGUUUCCGAGGCAUGUGCGGUACCAGUGCAACAAAGGUUACCGGAUGAUUGGCGAUGCCAACCUGUACUGCCAGAGCGACGGCACCUGGAACAAGGCCAAGCCCGAGUGUCAGAUCGUGGAUUGCGGACCUCUGGAUGACAUCGCCGAUGGCGCUGUUCGACUGUUCGGCACCGAAUACGGCUCGAAGGCCGAGUUCACGUGCAACGAAGGCUUCAAACUGACAGGCACAAGCACCCGCACUUGCGACGCUGACGGGCAGUGGAGCGACGAAUCUCCACGUUGCGAAGUGUGUUCGGAGCCAGAGAGCAUGUACAUACACUACAGAGUACACCAAGAAAACGAGUACCGAGAAAAGUUUCCUGUAGGCACCCGGCUCACGUACCGCUGUGGUUCGGGAUACGUUCCCAGGGAUAUCAAAACCUGGCAUGCGACCUGUCUAACGAGAAACGACGGGUCAGUGGACUGGGAUAUCGGCGAACACGACUGCAGACCGGUGUCGUGUGGUCACCCUGGCGACGUCCGCUGGGGCCGGCUUCUGGAUGCAGUGUUCGUGUUUCCGAGGCAUGUGCGGUACCAGUGCAACAAAGGUUACCGGAUGAUUGGCGAUGCCAACCUGUACUGCCAGAGCGACGGCACCUGGAACAAGGCCAAGCCCGAGUGUCAGAUCGUGGAUUGCGGACCUCUGGAUGACAUCGCCGAUGGCGCUGUUCGACUGUUCGGCACCGAAUACGGCUCGAAGGCCGAGUUCACGUGCAACGAAGGCUUCAAACUGACAGGCACAAGCACCCGCACUUGCGACGCUGACGGGCAGUGGAGCGACGAAUCUCCACGUUGCGAAGAGAUCUGGUGUCCGCCGCCGGAACCUCCAGAAGGUAACGGCACAACCAGCCUCGGGCCCAACCCCGAGAAUCAGCGCAGUGGCAUAAGGCUGAAGUACAAAUGUCCCGAAAAGACCGUCCUGCAAGGCUCCGACAUAAACAUAUGUCACGAAACCGGCUCCUGGCUCUUCGACCGACCGACAUGCAUUCGAAACUGCGUCGUACAGGCUGACCCCAGUGCUGCUGUGUUGCGCCGGUCUAACUGGUCAAAUAAAAUGGCCGAAGUGAAGCCUGGAACUGAAGUGACUGUACUGGACAGCAACCUAUACGUCAAGUGCAAAGAAGGGUAUGAGUUUAUCGACACAAAUUUUCGGCACAACCCUCAACCAAGAUCACUCCGCUGCCAAGAUGGCGCAUGGUAUCCACCGAGUCCUUGGUGCAAAGAAAAACCUUGCCGGGAUUUGUAUGUGAAAGGCGGGCAGCCUGAACUCUUGGAGGUGGCGCAUAAUGAGGUGGUGAAUUUCACGUGCAAGCAGCAUUACCAGCUGCAGAGGGCGCAUAGCCUACCAGAUCCCGUCUGCCGUUUUGGAAAAGUCCAGGGCACUCUGCCUUCUUGCGAACCAGUUGGCUGUCGCUUCGAAGACCUUCUUAAUCGUGUGACGGGCGGUAGGCCACGGCAAGGUCAGGAUGUUUCACAUGGCUCGUUUGCAGCUUACGAAUGUGAAACGCCCCUCGAACUGGAGAAUCCAGAAGGUCUGCGCUGCGAUUUCGGAACGUGGACUGGCCUGCAGCCGCCGAAAUGCGUUCCACCGAAACAAUGUAUUGUGCCUUAUGAUACCGGCUCAAAGGUCAUGAAGAAGUCGUGGAUAAACAUGCAUUGGUUUCAGAGGGAACUGAAUCCAGGAACCAUCGUUAGGAAAGGUGACAGCAACCUUAGCGUGACAUGCGAAGACGGAUAUCACUUCAGAGAGAAAUAUCUUCGAGGAAGAAGUGAAAUAGAAUUGUACUGCUAUGGGAGCCACUGGAGCCAUCCAACACCUUGGUGUACCAAAAUUCAUCCAAAUGAAGCACCAGGAACCUGCAAACUUCCACAGAGAGAGAAUCGCUUCAAAGCCCACAAUGACCACAGGCGCAUAGUAGUCGGAGAUAGUGUCCCUCACGGAACUCAACUGAUAUUUCAUUGUGAACCGGUCGGGGAAGUGGUUCUUGUAGGAGCACGCACUUCCCGAUGCCAUAAUGGCCAGUGGCUUCCAGAACUGCCUUAUUGCUAUGGCAGAGAAUCGAAAUACUGGAAUGACAUUUCCAUGCACUUCGUGACGGAGAACUACACAGUUCCUGGCGGCGACGUGUACGUGGAACCCUAUUCAGACGUAGUGUUGGAGUGUCGGAGUAAUGAGCCUGUAAUUAUCCUGCUGAACACGACCGACAAGGCGGACAUUCGGUACAUGUGGUCGCCAGGACAAUACACUGCGAUAGCAAGGUUCAGACUUCGAUCCAACGAACGGACAGUUAUAGCAUGUGAGAAGAUCCGCAACAGGCGAUUCUUCCGUUCAAUCAACGUGCUUGGUUACUCUCUCUACAGGUGUCCACAGAUCCCAACAGAGCCAAAUCGUUUCUGGAGGGAAAAAAGUAGAGGUGUCAUCCAGUUCCAUUGCCAAAAAGGGUACAUUCGACAAGGAAAAUCUACAGUUCACUGCCUUGGUCAAGGUUUAUGGAGCGAUCCUUUUCCUACCUGUGAACUCCCCACCGAAACCUCGAGUGUUCGUACCACCCAGUACAAGUAUGAUGACCCUGCGAAGCAGAUGGAGCCGGCGCCUGCUGUGCCAGAAUCAGAUGUCAAUGGGUGCCCCCCGAUACCGACAGUGCAACAUCUAGUGAAGAAGCAAAUAAGCAGAGGAUCCUACGAGUUCUAUUGUCAAGAAGGGUACCGUCUACAAGGGAAAUCUUUAAUUCACUGCCUCGUCGAUGGUGUGUGGAGCGAUCAUUUUCCUGCCUGUGUACCCCACACCGAAACCUGGAGCGUCCCUGCCGCCACGUCCGAGAAUGGUGACGCAGCGAACAAGAUGGAAUCGACGGCGCCUGCAGUGCAGGGCAACCACGUGGCCAAAUGUACACUUCCCAGAAAUUCUUCCGGGAUGUUUUAUCGCAAGGACGAACGGGAGAACUUUGUAAAGAUCGACCAGGACAAGACAUUUGACCACGAAUCUGUCCUUUACAUCUUCUGCCGCGAACGCGGUCGAUUUGUGUGGUGGCAGUGUCGUCGUGGGGAGUGGAGCGCCGAACGAUUAUGUGAAGGCAGCUCUGAAUCAGCUCCUGCUGGCACAACGCACCACAGUCAAGAACAAGGCAAGGCAACCAAACCUGGCGAAAUAACUAACGGUCCAGUCGAUGGAUCAGCAGUACACACCGUUAACGGAAAUGAAGCGCCUGAAAGGAAAGGAGAUGAAAGACAUAACGCAGGAUAUGUAACUGUUACGCCUGCACAACAUUCGCAUGGGUUCACUACAACUGAAGUUCCAUAUAUGAGACCAAGUAAUGGCUUUAAUAAUACUCGAGUGGCAGCAGUGCACGAGGCGAGCAAUUCUCACCAGUUGACCAGAGGUCACAUGAGAAAUGUCAGUGUCUCCACAGAAUCUGUCCCAAUGAUUCAACAAAAGGGUGAGACGACGGCACGACCAGUGCUUGCCUUGACAUCUCCAAAUGAGCCCUCCAGGUCAGCAAUUUGUACUCAUCCCACUGCCUCGGGUAGCUGCAGCGAUCCUGUCGACAGAAGAAGACAAACGCUGAAAGGCACAGGGGUUGGUCCCGUUGACACCGCUGCCGGCGUCCACCAUGAACUACGCACCACGGCCCCGGAAAGUCGUAAGGAAAGCGCUACUGACGCCUACUCAAAUGCUAACUCAAGUUUCAGCACAAGUUAUUCCAAACAGUCAGCUGACCUCCCGCAACAGAAAGCAAACCCAAAGGUACCUUCGCAAUUUGACGCCUUCGAAGCGCUCACUGACCGGACUAGCACUAACAGUUCAGCAGAUGUUUCGGCGGACCCAGUUCGACCGGAAGGUUCCAGUGUGCCUUCGUCAAUAGCAGCGCCAAAUGGGUGCCAGGUGGAACAGUUCUUCAAGUUCGCGCCUCGUGGUCUGGUCAUUGCGUUCUAUUCCGCGGUUGUUCCAUCGAACAGCAAGUUUGGGGCUUCUUGCGAUGGCGAUGGGUACACCCUGGUUGGAAACAGCAGUGCGAUAGCCUGCCUCCACAAUGGCUCCUGGGCCAUUCCACCGCAACUGAAAUGUAUCGAAGCAUGUGCCGACUUUGACACUGGACCCAACGGUCCGACAGUGGUAGGACGCAAAGGCUUUUACGAGCUCGGGGACAGCGUCACGCUCUCCUGCGCCAACGGGACUCAGCUGCAGCCCCGCGUCGAGAGGAUUACCUGCCUUGGCUACCGCUGGUCCGAGCCUGUGGUUCCAAUAUGUGUUCCUGUAGAGGAGAAGCCCAAGCCCAAAAAUCAAGUAAACAAGAAACGUGGACCAAGCGGAUGAUGUUUCUGUCCGGUAUUAUAUGUACAGAUUGCGUCAUUAAAAAUUAAUUAGUAACAAGAAAAACAAACGAAGAAAUGAACAAAGGUGAAUUAGGCAUAAUUAAAAUAAAAUAAAAGCAAGUUA